AUGGUCAAGCUCUCCGCCGUCGCUGGCAUUUUGGCUCUUGCCAUCUCUGCUGUCCACGCUGCCCCCGAUCUGUCCGCACGUCAGAGCCUCCCGGACCCCGCCGGCGAGAAGAACGUCGGGAAUGGCGCUGGGAAACAAUUCAUCGGCGGUCAGUGUCUCGGUGCCGCCGACUGCGCUUCUGGCUGCUGUGCGACGCUUCCGAAGGGCGGCCAGACCAUCGGUGUCUGCUCUGGUCCCGGUGCAUCAACCCAGAACGGCAAGCAGGGCUGCGGGUUUGAAUCCGGCGCUGCUGGCACCACCAACACGAACCCAGCACCCAGCGACACGAACAACGCGGCCGCCAGCGCCGGUGGCGACACCAUCAAGCCGAGCACUCUCCAGCCCGACCCGGCCGGUGCUAAGAACGUGGGCAAUGGCCAGGGCAAGCAAUUCAUCGGCGGCGAGUGUACCUCGGACGCCGACUGCGCUUCCACCUGCUGCGCUCUGGUGAACACGGGCGCCCAGAAAUUCGGCAUUUGCUCCGGCCCCGGCGCCAACACCCAGAACGGCAAGCAGGGCUGUGGCUUUCCCGCUGGCGGCCAGAGACUCGCGCCUAAUUAG